ACUUCAAUUUAUUAAUUGGUUAAACAUGGCUGAAGAUUAUAUACCUAUUAAACGACCAAAGCCAGGAGAUGGCGAAGAAGAAAUUUUACAAAUGCAAGAAGAAUUUAUGCAGAAUAAAUUGUCCCCCUGUGCUAAAGUUAUUAAUUUACGAACGGAAUAUCAAAAAGAAAAUCUGCAAGCUAAAAAAGAAUCAAAAUUUGCGAAAAAUAGAGGUGUCGAGGCUCAAAAUAAAAGAAUAUCAACCAAUCAAGGGUAUGAGGAUUUUACUAAUGUCGAUACAGAUUUGGAUAACUCCAAACAAUGCGAAGAAAAUAACUUUGAUCCUAUCCAUAAUUAUCUAAAAUUAUCAUCUCAUAUAAUUUUGGGUAAUGUUGUCGAACGAAAAUUAAACGUAACAAAAUUUAAUUUCAAAAUAGACGAAAAAGUAAAGGAAAGUUUAAAAGUUGGAUUUCCAACUGUAUUUGAGGUUUCCGAAACGCUUCCGAUAGAAAAUAUAACUAUCAUUGUGUCAUUUGAUCAGUAA